GGGGGGAAAGGACCUGACUGGGGGUGACUGUAGCUCUGCGCUGGUAGCAGUGCUCUCAGCAUAUUCCACAUAGCUUGCCUUGAUUUUUAGAAUGCCAAUAAAUAGCCAUGAAGGUCAUUUUUGCCACAAAACAGCAUCUGUAUCCUGGUAGUACAUUUGUUAGUCAGGGCUAGGGCGCAGGCUCUGCAGGUAAUCCAGGAUAGCUCAGACUCAGUUUGGAUACAGUAAUCUUAUUCCACCCCCACACAAAAGCUGUCCAAUCAUUUCUUAAACAACGGUGAUUUUUCAGCCUUAAUCUGAGCUGAUGGGUUGCUCAGUGCUCUCUCUUGGCACAAGUCGGCUUGAAGGCCCUGGCUCUCUAUUAGAGUUUUUCUUAACAUGGGGGAAAUGGAUUGUGAAACAAUAGCAAACGUGAGAGGUUAAUUCCUAUCCACUGACCAGGUAAGAGUAACCUGUAGAUAUAAAAUAAUUAAAAAACCUCAGCUGUAAUGGUGGGAUAGUGGGAUCUUCGUUUAUUUUUUGACAGGUCUAUUUAAAAUGAUUCCAAGUAUGAUUAUUUUUUUUAAAUGUUUUCUCUGUGAAAUGUCUUCUGUGGUUUUUUUUUCCUGCAAACUCAAUGUGGAACUUGGCUUUCAUCUGUAGAUGUGAUUAGGGUGCUGUCGCUAGAUGUGAGAAUACAGAGAACCUGCAGUUUGCCCCCAGCCUAUCUGUUACAGCAGGAUAUCUAGCAUAAUUAAAUGGAUGGUCUCGCUGGCAGCAAAGGGAUAUAAGCUGAAGAAUUGCAUGAAACGCUUUCCCAGCUAACCAUCCCCACAUUCCCACAUCUAACAAGCGUUUCAGGGCUUAGCAGCACUAUAAAGUAGCGGUGGGCAUGAAAACAAAUAAUUUUUACAGCAUUUCUCCUACGUGUGGUAAGUGUGUAUUAAAAACAAUGAUAUAAAGUUGAUGUAUGUAAAGAGGUAAUGAAAAACAGUGCUGUGUAACAUGUAAUCACUAUGCUGUAGACCCACAAAGCACAUUGUAAGCACAAUGAAACUGUCUUUAUUGCGAGGUUGCUUUGCUAACUCUCAUCAGUCUGAAGAGCUAAAGUUAAUUAGGAUUGAGAACGUCCUACCUGUGGAAAGGUACUCUCAAGGUCAUCCCUAGUUCUGAAUGUUGAAGUAUAACAAAUACUCUGCUUUGUCUUUUGCUUGAGGCCAGAUAAGAAUGUGGCAUUGUAGAUGAUGCUAUUGUUAAUGCUCAAUGACAUGCUCAAUAGUCAUGCAUUCUCUCAGUUCCUGGCUUUUCCUUCAUCUUGGGCAGUCUGACUCUUUCCUCUGAGCACAGAGAACCUGCAGUUUACCCUCAGCCAUCGUGCAGGUAGAACCAACGUGCUUCUUCCAAUACACUCUUUAAUGUGCUAAGCUUGACAGAACACCCUCGGAGAUGCAGGAAGCAGUUGCUCAGACUGGAUUUCCCUGUCGAUGCUUACUGGGGGGGGAAAAAGAGGGAAAGUGUGGAGUGUCAGAUAAGGACAGUCCAGAUAUCUAAUAUCCUGGGUUGCACUGCUUCAAAAUAUUUAUGCUUACCUUAGAUGUGACUGAUACGGUAUUUAUAGGAUUAUUAGGUAUUUAAGCGUCAAACCGCUGUUCCAGUUGUACAGCAGGAAUGCAAGCAGGCUGGAUGUAAUGAAAUAUAAUAUUAAUCCGAGUAUUGCCAAACCAGGACCAUUGCAUAAAUGGAUUUAAUUUCAAUUUCUGUAGCAUUACAAUGUCUGCAAUGUGACCUGUUUGUACGGGGAACACAUUGGAGAGUGCAAGAGUGAGACUUGUUUUCAUAUAACGCAGUGGUUCUUGUUGACAUUUUUCUCUUUAAAAGUUAAUUUGAAGUAACUUUUCUUGCACAAUAGUUCUUAAACUAGACCUAUUUUUAUAAUGCAUUAAAAUACUUAAGCUGGGUGGGAGUCUGCAAUAAAUAUUUAUAUUCCCUGAAGUAAUGGCUGCUGGCAACUUCUGUGCUCUUACUCAUCAGCUGCUGGUCUCAAUUCUGCUGAAUUCAACCUUUUUAUCUCUGAAGAGCAGAAACAAUUCCUUGUGCAUGUUUCUCACCCUUGAGUGGGGUUUCAUUGAUGAGAUGCUGUGAUGCCUUGGAUCUUGAAGGCACUUCAUUCAGAAGCCUGGCUGUGCCACUGCCAUGGCUGGCAUUGUACAACUCUGCCAAUACGAUGCUGCCUUCAGAACUUCCUCAUUGCUUUCUCAAGUUGUGUUGGAGCCAGAGAGCCUCAAAAGAUUGUUGUACUGAGCAUUGCCAGCCAUAGACUUUACAUUAAAAGAAAUAAUAAAACCAAGCUUUUAGUAUAAAGGUCUCUCUUAAAUAAAAGGUUUGCAAGCUGGAGGCUGAGUCUGAGCACGGCAGUGAAGUUACACUGUGGUGGUUUAUCUCCUCAUCCUGUUUGGUUGCUUAUGCAGUGAGGUUCUGCUACAUAAAUACAAAACCCCAAGAUAAAAAAAGAAAAAAAAAUAUAGCUUCCUAGAAGGCUUUUUAGUUUGUCAAGCAGUGCUUAUUUUAGAAAUGGGCUAGUUCAGGGGCAUGGGAGAGAAUCAUGGUAAUGCCAUGAAAUGCUUCAGUAAUUAGAUGUCAAAGCACUCAGCAUUUAUUUUGCUUGAAUGCUUUUUAGUGUUAGUGCUUUUAGAAGAUAAUCAACGUAGUGGGCAACUGCUUUAUUUCCAUGCAUCUUGUUCCUGUGUCAGCUGUCUUCUUUAUGGAAUAUUCUAAGCUCAUCAAAUCAAGAAGUCAUAGUUGCUUUUGUAACAGUUUAAUGAUGUGCAGAAAGUUCCAAGGGCCUGCUUUACUCUGGUGUCUACCAUAGCACUGCUGGAAGGAUGGAAUGGAAAUGGAAAGUGGACUUUCCUCACUUGAACGCUGACUCAGACUGAGAACAGAGUGAACCUGGCAGAGCUCCUUGGGAAGAUCUGUGCUUCUGGGGCAGUCAGAGUGCCACAUUUUACAACUGCGGUGCUCCCUCUCGUAAGGGAGAAAAAAGGAAGAAUAAGAUGGUGAUGUAGAAAGGGAGGAGAAAAGGGAGAGAGAUGCCUGCCUUAAAAACGUCAUAGCCCACGGUGCAUCUUUUUCCCCCCUUCCUUAAAUCCUGCCUUGCUACUUUCCAUCUCUCAAGGGUGUGCAGAACUGCAGGGCCUGUGCCUGUGGUUUAGCUAUGGGUGUCAUGGGAAUGAGCUUCCUGCCAUAACUGCUCUGUUCUUCCCCUGCUGUAGCUGACUCACCCUUUGUCAAAUACUGAAGUUAACCCUUGAAAGAGAGAAGUAAGACAGACUACCUGUUGUUAUUUAGAGAGGGGUAGAUCCCAGCAGGGGGGACAGACAGCAGAGGAUUUUGUCUUGCAGGUAGCUGACUGGUUUUCAGGGCUGAUCUGGGGCAGGUUAGUGCUCUGAGGCAGUUUUUUUUGGGCUUCAAUAUUUUGGAUGUUUGUUCAAGCGUUAUGAGAAAGGCCUUUAUAAGAUCAUCUGCCUUUUCCUACUUGGAUCUAGCAAGAUAGCAAGCAAAAAUUGAGGGGUUACUGUUGAGAUGAAGUGACUAGAAGGUUUAACUUGAUGCAUCCAGCUCUUCUAUAACUUUGUCAGGAUGGUAUUUAAUCUGGUAUUGGUCUUCUGGCAUCUGAAAUCUGUUAUAAAGCCUUUACACCGGAUGGAGUCCUGAAUACCCUAAUGGUGACGGAGUAGCUGAUGAGGUUCAAAUAAGUGCUUUAAGAGUAGCAUCAGUUCUGCUAUUCUUCAGUAAUACCAGAGUAGCUCCUUACUGACCUCAGUCCAAGUUUAGCAAAAACAGUACCACACCUUCUUAUUGCAAAUAUCAGCUCCCUAGUGUGGUGGCUACUGUAUUAUGAUAUUUCUAGGGUAGGUACAUGUUUAGAAGCAAUACUGAUUCAUUAAUAAAAUCUAGAGAAAAUAAGCUUUGCUGCUCAGCAGAUUCUCUGCUCAUCUAUAUACUGUCUACUACUCAUUUUGAGAAGUUGUACCCCUUUCCCACCCCCCCCUCUCCCUCCCCAAAAAAAUCAAGUUCAAAUCAUAUGAUUUAAAUAUUUAUCUCAGAUAGGAGAAUCAGCAGAACUGAUGGAUUCAUGAAUGAGCUGAAAGAGUAGACAGGGCAAGCCAAGAUAACGCUUAUAGCAGCAGCCAGAGCUGUUACGUAGUGCACCUUUUAUCGCUGCAUUUGGACCAGAGUUGCUUCAUUGCAUCCAAGACUUUUGGCACCAUGACUCCUCUCUUGGUGUAGUUGUAGAGGGUUUGGGCUGUGGUUGUUUAACAGUAGUCUCAGAGAGCUUUUUGAAAGGAAGUACUGUUAUAAAGAAAAAAGUCCUGGUAAAGCAUAGAAGCAGAACUGUCAGCUUGAUCUGUUCCUCCUGUUCUCAAAGCAACAGAUCUAGAUGUGGGAAACAUGUGCAAGUGAAGGGGCAAAGUUGAAACUCGGUUGCUUACAACAAAUGGCCUACAUCUCUGAAUCACAGAACCAUAGAAUGGCCUGGGUUGAAAAGGACCACAAUGCCCAUCUAGUUUCAACCCCCUUGCUAUGUGCAGGGUCGCCAACCACCAGACCAGGCUGCCCAGAGCCACAUCCAGCCUGGCUUUGCUGUAAUUGGAAUUUGGUUAAAAAAAAGAAAAGACUGAAUAAAUGAAAACUAGACUGAAGCUUUACACUGUAGUUGUAGUUAUAGGGGCUCUUUCCACAUAGGAAGACUGAAAGCUAAUCCACUGUCUUUUAUAAGCUGAUGCUGCAAUCACUAGCUGUCUGACCGUUGAGAGCUGAGAACACCUUGUGGAUCUAAAAGAGUGGGACCCAUGCUUGUUGCUUCACACCUUGGGCAGGGCUUUUUCUGGAUUCUUUGAAGACACCUCUCUGUGUUACAGUGCUUGGAGAACCCCACAGAGCGCCAGAGGAAGGAGAGGCUGAAGCGAGGCUGGCGGCAAAGCGAGCAGCACGGGCAGAGGCACGGGAGAUCCGGAUGAAGGAACUCGAACGGCAGCAGAAAGAGAUCUAUCAAGUUCAGAAGAAAUAUUAUGGUCUGGAUACUAAAUGGGGCGACAUCGAGCAAUGGAUGGAAGACAGUGAGCGCUAUUCACGUAGAGCCCGAAGAAAUGCCUCGGCUUCGGAUGAAGAUGAGCGCAUGUCAGUGGGUAGCCGUGGAAGCCUGAGGUCUCAUGUGGAGUAUGCCGGCGCCUAUCCAGUGGCUGGAUUAGAGAAUGAGAGGACCAAAUGGAAGAACUACUCCAAAGCAACCAAUGGUUAUGAGGAAGACAUGUAUGGAUCGUCCCAGAGUAGAAAAUCUAGCAGGGCUUCAUACUACCCUGAUCUGGGUCUUCCCAACAGUGGCUAUGCUUCCACAUCUCAGCCUUCUUCCCAAAAUGGAAACUGGCCCUCCUUGCUGUACAGCGAUGCUCUGCCAGCCAGAAGUUACAGGGCGUCUGUGUAUGACGAGAGUGUUUACAGCGGGAGUCGUCGGUAUAGUGCCUCUAGUUCUCGUGCUCCUUCAGAGUACAGCUGCUACCUCGGUUCGGGAUCUCGGGCAUCCUCAAGAGCCAGCUCUGCUCGGGCCAGUCCAGUGAUUGAGGAGCGGCCAGAGAAAGAUUUUGAGAAGGGAGCACGUACUGUCUCAAGUCUAUCAGCAGCUACCUUAGCUUCCUUGGGUGGGACUUCUUCACGAAGAGGCAGUGGGGAUACGUCCAUCUCAGCAGAUACAGAGGCAUCUAUUAGAGAAAUAAAGGAUAUCUAUGAGUUAAAGGAGCAGAUUCAAGAUGUAGAAGGCAAAUACAUGCAGGGACUGAAAGAAAUGAAGGACUCUCUAGCUGAAGUUGAAGAGAAAUACAAAAAGGCUAUGGUGUCAAAUGCUCAACUAGACAACGAAAAAACAAAUUUCAUGUACCAAGUAGAUACCCUGAAGGAUGCACUCUUAGAGUUGGAGGAACAGCUUGCAGAAUCCAGGAGGCAAUAUGAAGAAAAGAGUAAAGAAUUUGAGAGAGAGAAGCAUGCUCAUAGCAUAUUGCAGUUUCAAUUUAAGGAAAUCAAAGAGGCUUUGAAGCAAAGAGAAGAAAUGCUUGCAGAAAUCCAACAGCUGCAACAGAAACAGCAGAGCUAUGUCAGGGAAAUUUCUGAUCUUCAGGAGACAAUAGAGUGGAAAGACAAAAAAAUAGGGGCCUUAGAGAGGCAGAAAGAUUUCUUUGAUUCCAUAAGGAGUGAGCGGGAUGACCUUAGAGAUGAAGUGAUUAUGCUGAAGGAGCAACUGAAGAAACAUGGAAUAAUCCCAGACUCUGACAUAGCCACCAAUGGGGAGGCAUCAGACGUUCUUGAUAAUGAAGGACACUUGGAUUCUUCCAAAACUGUUCAAGGCACAACACAGGCAUUAAAGACAGCGGGGGAUGGGAUGCUAGGCAAAGCCAAUGAAGUGGACAUGAAAAAUGAGAUUUUGGAGGAUGUGGGGAAAAGAGAAAUCUUGCAGAAUUCUGAGCGUGAGGAACACAAAGAGGAGUCUGAGGAACAGGAAGUACAGACAUUGCAUGCUGAUGAAAAUACAAAGGCAGAAAAAAUGAUUGAAGAAACUGAUGGUCUGUCAACAGUGAUGUUACCAGAUAGUAGGUUUACAGAACAAAUCCCAAGCCUUACAGAACCUAUGUCAGGGAAUGCUUCUUCAAAUGAUGGUAGUGGUGGAGAUGGUUUGAGAAUGGAGACAGAGUCAGCAGACACAGCAGCCCAGCAGCCUGUUAGCAAGGAGGCCGAACACGGUAACUUAAACCCAAGGACAACUGAGAACUCAGAAGUGGGCUCACUGCAAGGCCAGGAUUUUGAGAGUCCUCAGGAAACGCACGGUGACUCAGAUGCAGAGCAUGAACUGGUAAAAGCUGCUCCACAACAGGAAGGAGAGGAUGUGGAAGCUAGCCAUGCACUGAGUGCUAAUGAGGUGGAGCAAGCAGCAGACAGUGCACAUGACAGCAGUGAGAUGGUUUCUGUCCAGUCAGGGCUACCAGACCCCGUGCUAGCAGGCUUACUUAGUGAAGAGGUAAAUGUGGAGGGCCAUGCUGAAACACUCCAGUGCUUGGAAGAAAGUGCUGGAAACAAAGUUACAGAGGUCUUGGAGAAAACCCUUGUUGAAAGCAAAGACUGCACUGGUGGAACAGCUGAUAAAACUGGAGGUGAUAGAGCUGGAGAACAAAACGAGGUUUGGAGUGCAGUUCAGGGUCAGAAAAUGGAAAGAGAUUCCACGGGCUUAGAAGGGGAGGAGUCAUGUGAAAGUGGUGCCCCAUCAGAUCCAAAUGAAGAGGGAGGAGAUCAGGCACACAUCCAGCCAGUUUCCUCAGAGGUUGGUGAGUUAGCGUUAUUAGAGGAACAGAAUACACAGGAGCAAACAGAACUUAAACCUGCUGAGAAAGACGGACAGGAGGAAGUAUUGAUUGGAAACUUGGAGGCGUGUUCAGAUCCUGCAGAAAAGCAGGAGAAAGCAUCUGAGUCUGUGGGCUCUGCUAAUGAGGUAGAAGGAAAUGUACUGCAUCAGACAGAGCCAGACAUGGACUCUGUGAAAGAAAUGGCAGCUCAGGAAACCAGUUUAGACCCAGAUUUUUCAGAUGAUGAAAUUGAGGAAACAGAAAUGCAAACAGGAGACGUGUCUGGGAAAGGAGAGGGAAACAGAAUAGAAGACUUAGAGCACAAUACAACAGAAGACUUAAAACCAAAGGCAGAGCUUCAAACAGUUCAGUGCAGUGAAGAAACAACAGGUGACACAGAGGAUGAGAAAAAUACUUCUUUAGAAAGUGAAGCACAGAAUGCAGAUAAACAAGAAGAAGGUGAAUCUAAAGAGGAGUCCAUUGUAUGUCACAGUGUAACGAGUGAGAGCCAAGUUGAUAAAGAAGCACUUAAAGAAAAUAAAAAAGAGUCAGAGCCUGCAGACCACCAGGGUGAUGGAUUUACUUCUGUGGAAGAUGCAGAUAGUUCUCUUGCACUGAAAGCUGAGCUGGAUGAAAAUGCUAGUGAGCAACUUAAACUAGAGGGCCAAGCAGAGGAAGAACAAGAAGAUGAUGGUGAUGCAUUUGAUUUUGAUGAGGAUUCAGAACAGACAGUGGAAACUGAUGAAAAAUGUGAUGGAGAAGAAGUUGAUGCGCAGAGUGAAGAGGAUGACAGAACAAACAGCGUGAUCAGAAAAACUGCCCAAACAGGUGAAGCUGGAGAGGGAAGUGGCAAAAUAGAAACCAGUGACACCUUGACUGAAGAUGACAGCUUACAGCAUAAGGAAGGAAAUGAGUCUGAAGAAACAGAGCUCUCACAAGAGGAAGCAUCAGCAUUGGAAACUGACGAGAAGGCUGAUGUGUUGGCAGAUGAAGACAAAGCAUCAGAUCCUAAUGAAGUGGAAAAGGAACCAGGUGAACAGGAUUUGGAAAGUGCUGGCUGUAGCAGGGCUGAAAGCAAAGAGGAUUUGCGAGGUGGUAGGAAGGGUAAGGGUAAAUCUAAAGAUGACUGUACAAUGUCCUAAGUUCUGAAUCCCAGACCAGACGAGUUAGAAGCCAUGUGAUCAGGCUCAGUCCCGAAGCAUGCACUUUGCACGAUAAAUCAGCCCUUAGGAAUACAGGAAUACUCUUAAGGUGUUCAUUUUUUCCUUGCAGGUAGAUCUCAUAAUACACUGUUUGGUCAUGUAAGUGGUGAUAAUGCUAAUAUUAUUCACUGACGUACCUAGCCACAAAAAAUCAUCCAGAGGUUUGGUUUUGCUGUGUCUCAGGUUAAAUGUUUGUCACCAGACAAAGCAAGGUUCACAAAGGAACUGAUCAGGCUUUUGCAGUAUAAUUACUUCUAGUGUUGAUAACUGCUACUGAGAAGCUUUUAUAUGAAAUUCCUACUUUCUAGCCUAGAAUAAAGACAGAUUAUCUGAAUGUACUUGUAUGUGCAAUAGGGCCUACAGUAAGUAUGUUAACACUUUGUCAUGAAGGAACUCAGAAGAUCAGCACACUUAGAUCUAAUGCUAACAUUUGUUGCUGAGUGAUUAAAGCCUAGGAGCACUUUUCCAUAGCAAAAGAAGAAAAAAAGAUACUCUCAUUCCACUUUUUUCUAUGUAUGUUUCUUAAAUGGACGUAUUCCAAACUAUUGAUAGAUCACUGUGAAUUAAGUCUCAACACUUUGGAGGGACAAUACGUGAUUUGAAGGAAACGCAACAUAGACGUUGCUGAAAGGAGCAAAUACGUACAUGUUUACUUCGUAUAGGCACUUUGCACCACAACAGGCCUUUUACACCAUGUCUCACGUGGGUUUUGUAUUUUUUCCUAAGAAGGUGUCAGUACACACUGUAAGAUGCCUAGGUUUCCUAUCCAAUACUGUACCUAUGAUAUAUAAAUAUAUUUUUUCAAAAAAAAAAAAUCUUUAAUAUUGCAUUCCUUACUGCAUUAUAUAUAUAUAUAUAUUUGGCAAAAUGUUAUGAAAGAAUGCUUUUCUUUGAAAAGUUCUUUCCUCCUCUUUUUCUGGAGAGAAGGUAACUCUGGGUGCCUUAAUCCUGGUGCAUGUCAGACCAAAGACUGUUGUUCCAUCUAUGAGCCCCCGUGCCUUUUUGGAAAGCUGGGUUACAUUGUAUUGCUGGCAUCAAUGAGACACUUCAACCCAUUGAUGUGUUUCUUCUUGCAUUUUUAUGGUGCUUGGGAGGAAGAUCAUGUUUUGCAUCAUUAAUAAUUAGUUUGAGGUUGUAUUAAGCGAUGAACGUGCAAAGGGAAUGCAAGGUGAGGAGCUGGGGGGCUACAGAAGGUUCUAUCUGUUGAUGUUACAAAGUUGACGGAGUUCAAAUAGACUGCAAAAGUACAAGAUGUAUAUCAAAGUGUACUGAGCUGUAUAUAAUUAAAAUAAACAUAUUUUAUACUUCA